CAAAAGUAGAAUUAAGACAUCCGGGAUAAAUGACUAAGCUGAGCUCAAUGAAGCCAAAACAUGUGCGUCCAGGCUUAAUUGGUUGCACAAAGACCAAGCCAGGAUGAGCAGACACGGAUUCAUUAAGCCGGGUGAAACCAAUCCUGGAUAGGUGCGCGCUCACGGCUCACUCAAAUAGACCCCGCCACAGAUCACAGAUUAACUGAUUUACCAUGGCAACUAGAGCCGCGUACUUUUCCCCGUCGGAAGCACAAAUCCUCAUGGAGGCAUACGAGGAGGUAAAAGAUAUAAUUAAGAAGAAAGGCAACACCGCCACAGUGAUAAAGCAAAGAGAAAAAGCGUGGCAAAGUAUUGCAGACCGCCUGAAUGCAUUAAACAUGAACGGGCCAAAACGGACAUGGCAGCAGGUCAAAAUCAAAUACAAGAACAUUCUGCAGAAUGCAGUGAAAAAGAAUACCCACAGACAAGGCACGGGUGGUGGGUCACCAAAGGCUGACCUUACCCCAGCAGAGGACAUGGCCUUGGAGCUAAAUAAAGGCAGGCCCGUCUUAGAGGGGAUCCCUGGGGGGAAAGAGACGAGCAUAGGUUCCUCCCAAGAUGCCACCCGCUUCAUUCAAGUGUCUGGCAGCACUGUGUUCCUGUUAGAGCCACCAGCACAAGCACCAGACGAUGCUGAUCCAGGUGAAGGCCCCAGUGCAGCAGCAACAGCACAUGAUGGAGACUAUGAUGAUGAGGAGGAGACCAUCUCUCUGGAUUCCAGAAGGCAUGAGGUAUCAUGGACCCAGAUGCUAUACAGUGGGAAAACCAGCCUGGCAACAUAGUGCGUAUUAAUAAAAGGACACCACAUCCUGCCAAAUUCCAGCUGCGCUAAUUGUAUUGUGUUCACAGAGCUCACAAGCUAUCAGAAAGUUGUAUGGCAACCACCUCCGGCGCCAAAUAGAACUGGCAGACAUAGACAUUCAGUACAAGAAGAAAAAGAUGGAAAAUCUUGCACU